AUGGGUCUGUCCGAUCUACGGAACUGUUACACGGCUUUCGAGACUGGCUCCUCAGAGGAGUCCAACACCGCGUCGCGCUCCGUCAAGCCCGGUCCUCAUCGCUUCGGGGAUCGUUUCUGUAUGGACGUGGGCUGCGACUCUUCUCCAAAGUCCAACGCUGCAUGGGCGUCGCCUGCUGAAAUCUGCAAGUACCGAGGUGCAGCUUAA